AUGAUCUGCCCGGAAACUCUUUUCGACGUCGACACGUACCGCUGCCAGAGCAAGCACUUUAAUUUGAUUGCGUUCCAAGUUGAGGUGGGGCUGCUGCUCCGCGUCCUCAAGGGCGCGGCAGCCACCAACUCUGACAAGGGCGCCAGCACGACCGUCGUACAGGACGUGCCCAUCAGCAAGCCGUACACGGCUUCGGAGGUUCAGUCCUUGGUUGCCGCCAAGGAUGUGGGCGCCUUCUGCCCUGCCUACGUGGAUUUGGUUCCGGCGCUAGGGGCGGCUCAAGCCAUCGUGGACCGGCUCAAGUCGGUGGACGACACGGCCAUGCUCGCCAUCAGCAGGGGCGGUGAUGCGCACGUGCUGGUGCAGACGGCGAGUGUGGCUCUGGGGGCCCAGCUGCGGGACCUGCCGCUCCCCUGCCCCUGCCCCUCUGCCCCGCCUGGAUGUCUCCCACUUCUGUGUGUCAGGUCCAAGUCGGUCGGUGAUCAGCUGCAGGGAGCUCUGGACGCCGGAAAGGCCGUCAGCGUGCACAUCCAGCUGAAGCAGCUCUCCAGAGUGCUACACACCACUCUGCUCACGGAACCGGCCCAAGUGCUGUGCGGAACGGCAAAGGGACCCCGUAUCCUUAUCCUUCUCGUGGCCCAGAUGGGGCAGUGCGCCCGCCUCACGACUUACUUCCCCCCGGACAUAUACUGUUCAUGCACAGCCCGCAGCAGUCCGCACACCAAUCUAUGA